ACGCAGAGAGCCCUUUUCUUUGCUGGAGAGGGGGACAGGCACCCAGAGGGCACGGUACAGGGCGAGGGACUGCCAGGAGAGGCGAGGGCUGGUCCCAGCUGCAGACAGAGCCCAGGCAGCUGAGCGCACGGGGAGCGGACCGAGUCCGGCACCAUGGGUCUGCUGGAGUGCUGCGCACGAUGCCUCAUCGGGGCACCCUUCGCCUCGCUGGUGGCCACCGGCCUGUGCUUCUUCGGGGUAGCGCUGUUCUGCGGCUGCGGGCACGAAGCCCUGACGGGCACCGAGCAGCUGAUCGAGACCUACUUCUCCAAAAACUACCAGGACUAUGAGUAUCUCAUCGAUGUCAUCCACGCUUUUCAGUAUGUCAUCUACGGCACGGCCUCCUUCUUCUUCCUCUACGGAGCCCUGCUGCUGGCCGAAGGCUUCUACACCACCGGUGCCGUGCGGCAAAUCUUCGGGGACUACAAGACCACCAUCUGCGGCAAGGGCCUCAGCGCAACGGUAACCGGGGGCCCGAAAGGGAGGGGAGCGCGAGGCCCCCAGCGAGCUCACUCUUUGCAGCGGGUGUGUCAGUGUUUGGGAAAGUGGCUAGGACAUCCUGACAAGUUUGUGGGCAUCACCUACGUCCUGACCAUCGUCUGGCUGCUGGUCUUCGCCUGCUCCGCGGUGCCGGUCUACAUCUACUUCAACACCUGGACCACCUGCCAGUCCAUCGCCAACCCCAGCAAGACCUCGGCCAGCAUCGGCACCCUGUGUGCGGACGCCAGGAUGUACGGCGUCCUGCCCUGGAACGCUUUCCCCGGGAAGGUGUGCGGCUCCAACCUGCUCUCCAUCUGCAAGACCAGCGAGUUCCAAAUGACUUUCCACCUCUUCAUCGCGGCCUUUGUGGGGGCUGCAGCCACGCUGGUCUCACUGCUCACCUUCAUGAUCGCCGCCACCUACAACUUCGCCGUCCUCAAGCUGAUGGGCCGAGGCACCAAGUUCUAGGCCGCGAGGUGGAGCCCAGCUAGCCAAACGCCCCCUCUUUUCUCUAACCCCGAGGCUUUAACACUGCAGCCGCCCGACACCAGGUCUCCUGCGUUAACUCUGCCUUCGCCGCUGACUCCCCUCCUCUUCCUCCCUCGCAUCCAUCGUGCUGAGCGUGACCAAGAAGGAGAGCUUCCCACCAAUGGACCCCCCUUCGUGCACUUUUCUCUCUGCGCUCAUCAUCGGUAACCGGUUCGCUCUGGGGCCAAGCCCUUCGAAACCAGCAAGGGAAGAGGAGGGACUCACUCCAGUGUCCCUGGGAUGAGCCAAAGCCUUCGUGCUCCCGGGAGGCAGAAAUCCCCGUAGGUUGCUCUAAGAGUAGCAAGAAAGAGGCUAGAGAGAAAAGGAAGUUGGCCAAGUCUCGGUACCAUUGCUAGAGACUCUCCUGGAGCUGACUGCCGGCACCUCUCAUGGAUGGAGGAUGAGAACAAUUUUAUUUUCCCCUAGUAAAGAAAGAUGAAUUUACCCCAAAGUGCCUGCUGCAGCCAAGGCAAAGGGCGUUUAGGGCAAGGAUCUUCCCGUUGCGGAGAAGAGAGCGCUGACCCCGAUGCUGAUCAAGCCCGUGCCCCUAACCCAGCUGCCCCUAUUAAACCUGAAGGAGUUUGGUGCCUGUGGACGAGGGGGACUCUGAGCUUUACGCUCCAGCACCUCCAGGGCCCCCAGCACGGGGCAGGGCAGCAGGAGGCGGCAGGUAGGUGUGAGGGGGGCUGCCCUGAGAGCGUAAGGCCAGAGCAGUCCCUUUUGUAGGACAGGACACCCCUCUGGGCCGCUCGUCCCCCUGCGCCUCGCCGCCUCCCAGCUGCGCACGCCAGACGCGGUGGUGCCUUCACAAUGGUGCUCUUCUCUCGGGGUGACGUCUGCUUCCCUACCGUUUGCUAUGGCAAAGAUCUCGAUUUGUUUCUCACCUGUGCCAAACGUAAUGCCCCCUCCUCCUGCCCCCACUCUGCCCCUCACUUUUUGUCCUUUUAUUUUUUUAAUUUUUUCCUGCGAGUCAGGACGGCCGUCUCGUGGCUAGCCACGCCGGGAAGGACUGGCAGCACCUCGGCUCCAGUCGAAACCCACGAAGAAGGGCAGGAGGCCGCUCCCCGCACCCCAGACCCCGCUGGCUUCCCCAGGGCAGGGCGAGGAGCCGGGGGAGACCUUUCCCGCAGCAGCCCGAGGGAAGCCCCCCGGCCGGGUGGUGUGGGUCCAUCCCUCGCUGCCAAAACGCAGCUCCCAGUCCUCCCCGACAGCCGGCGUUUUGUUUCGUCCUCCCCCCGCCUCGCCUUAACGCUACGCUUCGUGUUUAUUUAUCGGAGAAACUACUUUCAGUAGCAGACCGUAGCUCCACCUCGCACGGAUUUAUUUUGUAUUUUUUGGUGUCUGUAUUAUCGAUGUUUUUCUAAGUGCCGGUUUCAGCAGGGGCAAGGAUAAAGGGGCCGAUCUGCUGAGCAGAGCGUUCGAAGGAUCCUUGCUGCUGGCUGCUGAACGAGGUUGGCCAGGCUACCGACGCACACGGGCUGGGGAGGGGGAGAUGCCAGCUGGGGCCGCGGGGUGGGGAGAAACCAGGCAAGAUCUGGGAAUUCACUUCAACGCCAUCUCUCUUGGGGGUUUGCUGGUUCGUUUAUUUUAUUUUUUUUUUCUUUCGUAUUGAUUUAACAACAAAUAACCAGACCCUCCUUCCCACCCUCGUCCCCAGACCCCAAGCACACACACGCACGCACACACACACACAAGCACACAAAAAGAGCGUUAAUCAACUGAAAGUGUUUCCUUCAUUUCUGAUCUAGAAUUUCAACUUGCUAACAAGCAAUAAAAAGGAGCAAGUUUUUAAAGACUUAUCUUACAAGAUGUAUUUUAUAAAAAUUAAAGAAAAUAAAUUAAAAUUAAGAACAUUCUGAACACGG